AAGAACACACUGCUGGUGGUUUUUGUGUUAAUACUUAGUACGGCGUAUGGUUAUAAUUCUGUUGAGAACAGAGAGAUGGACUGUCUGGAAUCUUCUCACUGGCAUUACUUCCACAUUGACUGGAAUGGAGGACUAGUCCGCAAGGCACAGCAGGUAUUACAGGGAGAGGACAGGAGACGAAGAGAUACUACAGAAACUGAAGAGGGUGAUGUAGAAACUGAAGAGGGUGAUGUAGAAUUUGAAACUGAGUUCAAGGAGGGGUUGUCAUCCCUGGGUCAUGGUUCUGAUUCUACUAUGACGGUUAAAGGUUCGUGUUUGAAGUACUUCAGGUCGAAGAUGUACGAAAUCAGGAGAUUUUCUAGUGGAGAGGUUGGUUGUACGGUGCAGCAGACUGGAAAGAGAGUGAAGAUUAUCUGCCACUACAAAAAAUAUUAGUUGAGGGACUGAGCAUGAUCGAGAGCACUCAUUUUUCAAAUUUGAAAACAUUGCAUACCAUGUUUCUUGCAAAAACGGUUGUUUUAUUUGUUUAACCAUGUUUAAAGGCGAGAUAACUAAAAUCUGAUGGAUGUUUUAUCUUUAAAGCUUU